CAUACAAACCGCCUCACGCGCCAUCUUCUAGCGAUUAAGCAGCCAGAAUAAGAAACUGUGUUAAAGGUCAUUGUUUUCUGUCUGUUAGCUAAACUGAGCAAUGAGUGAUAUCGAGGAUGGAACCUGUGACCCACGGGGGUCACGCUCCCCAUCAAAAUCGGAUCGUGGGAGUCCAGCUCGGGUCAAGUCGGAGAGAAGGUCCGGCUCCCCGAGCCCAUCCCGGGCCUCCAAACGGUCUGAGUCCAGAUCCCGCUCUCGCUCAAAAUCUAGGUCUCGUUCUGGGCGGCACUCUAACCGCCGCUAUAGCCGUUCACGCUCUCGUUCCUAUUCCCACCGGAGGAAGUCCCACUCUCGUUCUUACAGCCCCGAACCCAGGCGCAGGAAGAGCCAGAGCACCUCGCCUAUGUCGAGCAGCCGCCACCACAACGGCAGCAGGAGCCAAGACUUCCCAAAAGAAGCAUGCAGUCAUGGCGCUGAUGCUGAUGUUAGGGCGAACCCGGACCCCAGCAAGUGUUUGGGGGUGUUUGGCUUGAGCCUGUACACCACAGAGCGGGACCUGAAGGAGGUGUUUUCGCGAUAUGGUCCUUUGGCCGGGGUCAAUGUGGUGUACGACCAGCGCACGGGCCGCUCUCGUGGCUUCGCCUUCAUUUACUUCGAGAGAAUCGAGGAUUCUAAAGAGGCAAUGGAGCGAGCCAAUGGCAUGGAGCUGGACGGGAGGCGCAUCCGAGUGGAUUAUUCCAUAACCAAACGUCCCCAUACCCCCACACCAGGGAUCUACAUGGGCCGACCAACCCACAAUGGUAGCGGCGGGGGCGGCAGCGGUGGUGGUGGCAGCAGCAGCGGGAGCGGCAGCAGUAGGAGGGGAAGGGACUCUUACAAUGAUCGUGGCUAUGACCGAUACGACAGAUACGAGGAGUGUGAUUAUAGGUACAGUCGUAGGCGCUCUCCAUCACCGUACUACAGUCGAUACAGGUCUCGCUCACGGUCUCGCUCUUACAGCCCACGACGAUACUAAGCUGAUUAUUUUAGUGUUCAGCUUCCCUCCAAUACCUGAUGGUGUGUGACUCACCAAGGGGUUUUCAGAACUGCAUGUCUAUAUCAACAGAACUCCUUUAAGUUCUCAGUUCUUGUUAACAUACACUAGAUGUCUUGAUUUUUAGACGUUUUUUGAUAAAUCCAUGUUGAGUGUGAGCAAAGAUUGAAGCCACUGUUCUUUACUGUUGCUCGGUUCUUCCACUCUUGUCCUUCCUUCCUUCGUUUUUUCUGCGGCAGUGAUACGUUUUUUGGGGUCAAGAAUGGUUUAAAGAGAUUUUCUCUGGUCGCUGUUAACUUUGUUUAUUUCAGGAUUGGGAAAGAUUUAAGGUUUUAGUUUAAAAAAAAUGGCUAGACUUAAUUUUACAAGCUGAAUUAAGUAAGUUCAUUUGAGAAUAAAUCUGUAUAUGUACAGUAAAGAUAACAAAUUUGAUAAAUCUCAGUGCUGCUUGUCUGUAGCGGACUUGACUGGUAAGUAGCAGGUAAAAUGGUGCUGUAAAAUAAAGUGAUACCUGGCUUUCAGUGCUUUGUUCUCUGCUCACGUUCACUUAUUUUUGUUUUUCUUCGAGGAUUCAUCGUCUCAGUUUCUCCAGAGAGUAUUAUGUAUUGCCUUUUUAAUUGUUUCUUUGUAUAGAAAUACAAACAUAUAAAAACAAA